UGUUUUAAACGUCAUUCCACGGCAUUAGAAACUGCUGUGUCAAAACUACUUUUUUUUUAAUUUGCGUAUCGUUUUGUAUGUUAAUCUUAUCGUCACUUUAAUGCUUAGAUUAUUCGCGACUUCAGUCAGGAACUGCAAACGUAGUUUAUCAUUAGAAAAUUGUCGUCGAUCGGUUAUUGCAUUUGGAAAUCACGAAAGAAAAAUGUCUUCGGCUCCAUUAAAUGGAAAAUUCGGUCUUCCCAAGCGUUACGGUGACUUUUCGCCGAGUGUUUGGGUAGAAUACAUUCAAUUAGCAGCUGAAUACAAACCUAUCAACUUGGGUCAGGGUUUUCCGGAUUACCAUGCCCCGAAAUACGUUUUGCAAGCCUUAGCUGACAUCGCGAACAGUCCGAAUCCCCUGAUGAAUCAAUAUACGCGCGGUUAUGGGCAUCCUCGUCUCGUUCAAGCACUUGCCAAAUUAUACGGAGGUCUCGUAAAUCGCCAAAUAAAUCCAAUGACGGAAGUUUUAGUGACAGUUGGAGCCUACGAGGCGCUCUAUUGUGCCAUCCAGGGGCAUGUCGAUCACGGCGACGAAGUUAUUAUCAUCGAACCUUACUUCGAUUGUUACGAUCCGAUGGUUCGUUAUGCGGGCGGGAUCCCUCGUUUCAUUCCGUUGAAGCCAAAAAAGACUUCUGGCGAGAUUUCUUCCGAAGAUUGGGUCUACGACGAAGCCGAAUUGGAAGCUUUGUUCAAUGAAAAAACGAAAAUGAUCAUUUUAAACACGCCUCAUAACCCUCUCGGGAAAGUUUUUAACCGCAAAGAGUUGGAAAAAAUCGCUGAACUUUGCAUUAAACACAACGUCGUGUGCAUCAGUGACGAAGUUUACGAGCACAUGGUGUUCGAACCCUAUGAACAUGUUCGAAUUUGCACGUUGCCCGGCAUGUGGGAACGCACCAUCACGAUCGGGUCUGCUGGAAAAACCUUCAGUGUCACCGGUUGGAAGAUCGGAUGGGCCUACGGACCAAAUAAUCUUCUCACUAAUUUGAUGACGGUCCAUCAAAAUUGCAUUUAUACCUGUUCGACACCCAUCCAAGAAGCCAUCGCUCUCGGUUUUGAACACGAAUUGAAGCAACUCGCGUCGCCAGAAUGCUAUUUCAACUCAAUUUCGAAGGAAUUGAAGCCGAAACGGGAUUACAUGGCGAAAUUUUUGAGGGAAGCUGGAAUGACGCCAACAAUUCCGCAAGGCGGGUACUUUAUGGUUGCCGAUUGGAAGGCAUUGGCGCGAAAAGUUGACUUGAAUCAGGAAUCGGACAAGUACCGGGAUUACAGAUUCACGAAAUAUAUGACGAAAAAUGUCGGUUUGCAAGGAAUUCCGCCCUCUGCCUUUUAUAGCGAAGGAAAUAAACAUUUGGCGGAGGAUUUUGUGCGUUAUUGCUUCUUCAAAACUGACGGAGUUCUUGAACAAGCUGCUGAUAUUCUAAAAAAAUGGAAGUAAAAUUAAUUUUUUUCGCGAGCCAAGCUCAAAAUUUUCUGUUGCAAUAAAGACAACUAUAUUUUUUCAG